CAGCCCCAGAAAAGGCCCGGCGGCGGGGCAGCGCUUAGUGACUUGGCUCCCGCGGCCACGCCAGGCCCACGCCGAUCCCGUGGGCAGGCAGUGCUGGGAUGGGUGCCGUGGUCUGGCUGGCCACCGCCUGUAGGCUGCUCCUGCUGCUGGUCACCUGGCUGCUCCUGGCAUGUGUCCCCAAGGCCACGCUCACAGCAGUGGUGGCCGAGUGUCCAGACCAGAGCCCAGAGCUGCAGCCCUGGAGCCCCGGCCACGACCCACAGCUCCGUGUGCAUAUCCGCGGCUCCGCUCUGCUGCUCACAUCCUCGGCCACUGUCCACUCCAUACACAUCUCAGCUGGAGGGAAGCUGGUGGUGAGAGACGGUGGAGACGUGGUGCUACGUGCCCGGCAUGUGCUGCUGGAGGACAGGGGUCAGCUGCAUGUGGGCAGCACCCUCUGUCCCUUCCAGGGCAACUUCAGCAUCGUGCUGUAUGGAAGGGCAGACGAGGGUGAGCCGCACCCUUACUUCGGCCUCAAGUUCCUGGGCGUGGGGCAGGGCGGCACUCUGGAGCUGCAUGGCCAGCGGAAACUGGCCUGGACGUUCCUGGCCAGGACGCUGAGGCCCGGCGGCCUGCAGGAGGGAGGCUACUUCUUUGAGAGGAGCUGGGGCCACCGCGGGGUGAUCGUCCACGUCAUCGACCCCAGGGUGGGGACAGUCACACACUCGGAGCGGUUUGAUACCUAUAGCUCCCAGAGGGAGAGUGGGAGGCUGGUACAGUUCCUGGACACUGUGCCCGACGGCCGCAUCCUGGCACUGGCUGUGAAUGACGAAGGCUCACGCAGCCUGGACGCAGAGGCCCGUGCGGCCGUCACCCGGCUGGGCAGCAAGCACUUCCUACAUCUGGGCUUCCGUCACCCCUGGAGCUUCCUGACAGUGAAGGGCCACCCCUUGGCAUCUGUGGAGGACCAUGUGGAGCACCACGGCCCCCUCAGCCCGGCCUCUGCCUGCGUGUCCAAGCUCUUCCUCUCAGAGCACAGAGAGCAUUUCAACGUGUCCUCCUGCAGCACCUGGGUGCAAGACCUGCGUUGGACGGAGUGGUUCCAGCGGGAUGGCCAGUCCGCGGCCCCAGGCGGGGAGAAGCUCCUGGACCUGCAGGCUGCCUACCCAGGGAGGAUCUGCAGGCACCCCACCCAUGUGCAGGCCAAGGCACUGGACGGGGAGAGCCUGGCCGUGGAGGCCAUCCACACCGGGGCCCUGGACUUCCGCUUCCUGUGUCACCGGCGGGGCCAGGCCUGUGGCCCCCACCGUGUGCGUUUCCUGUGUAGGAUGCCAGUGCGCCCCAGGCUCACGCUGACCAUCGACACGAACAUCAACAGUAGCCUGCUGACCCUGGCAGAUGACGUGCGGUCCUGGCGGCCGGGGGACCGGCUGGUGGUGGCCAGUACCGACUACUCCAUGCUGCAGGCUGAGGAGUUCCGGGUGCUUCCGUGCCGAGCCUGCACCCCCAACCAGGUCCGGGUGGCAGGGAGGCCCCGCUACCUGCACAUGGGGGAGCAGGUGGACGGCGUGGACAUGCGGGCAGAGGUGGGGCUGCUGAGCCGCAAUGUGGUGGUCCGUGGGGAGAUGGAGGCUGCCUGCUACCCCUACGCCAACCACCUCUGCAGCUUCUUCUCCUUCGAUACCUUCGGGGGCCACAUCAAGGUGGCGCUGGGGUUCGAGGCCGUGCACCUGGAAGGCGUGGAGCUGAUGCACAUGGGCCAGCAGCUCGUGGGCCAGUACCCGCUGCACUUCCACCUGGCGGGUGACCUGGAUGAGCGCGGGGGCUACGACCCCCCCACCUACGUGCGCGAGCUUUCCAUCCACCACACCUUCUCGCGCUGCGUCACCGUGCACGGCUCCAACGGCCUGCUGGUCAAGGACGUGGUGGGCUACGACUCCCUGGGCCACUGCUUCUUCACGGAGGACGGGCCUGAGGAACGCAACACCUUCGACCACUGCCUGGGCCUCUUGGUGAAGUCGGGGACCCUGCUCCCCUCUGACCGGGACAGCCACAUGUGCCGGACCAUCACGGAGGACUCGUACCCUGGCUACGUCCCCAAGCCCCGGCAGGACUGCAACGCUGUGUCCACCUUCUGGAUGGCCAACCCCAACAACAACCUUAUCAACUGUGCAGCCGCAGGCUCUGAGGAAACGGGAUUCUGGUUCAUCUUCCACCAUGUGCCCACGGGACCGUCGGCGGGGGCCUACUCCCCAGGCUACUCUGAGCACAGUCCACUGGGAAAGUUUCAGAACAACCGUGCUCACUCCAACUACCGGGCUGGCAUGAUCAUAGACAACGGGGUGAAGACAACGGAGGCUUCUGCCAGGGACAAGCGGCCCUUCCUAUCCAUCAUCUCGGCCAGGUACAGCCCGCACCAGGACGCCGAUCCCCUGAAGCCACGGGAGCCCGCCAUCAUCCGGGGCUUCACGGCCUACAAGAACCAGGAGCACGGGGCCUGGCUGCGUGGGGGGGACGUGUGGCUGGACAGCUGCUGCUUCGCAGACAACGGCAUCGGCCUCACGCUGGCCAGCGGAGGCACCUUCCCCUAUGACGACGGCUCCAAGCAGGAGGUCAGGAACAGCCUGUUUGUGGGCGAGAGCGGCAACGUGGGCAACGAGAUGACCGACAACAGGGCCUGGGGCCCGGGUGGCUGGGACCACAGCGGCAGGACGCUCCCCAUAGGCCAGGACUUCCCCAUCCGUGGGGUGCAGCUCUACGACGGCCCCGUGAGCAUCCGGAACUGCACGUUCCGCAAGUUCGUGGCCCUGGAGGGCCGGCACACAAGCGCCCUGGCCUUUCGCCUCAACAACGCCUGGCAGAGCUGCCCCCACAACAGCGUUACCAACAUCACCUUCCAGGACGUCCCGAUCACUUCCAGAGUCUUCUUCGGGGAGCCGGGGCCCUGGUUCAACCAGCUGGACAUGGACGGAGACAAGACCUCAGUGUUCCACGACGUGGAUGGUUCUGUGUCCGAGUACCCCGGCUCCUACCUGACCAAGGACGACAACUGGCUGGUGCGGCACCCCGGCUGCCUGGACGUGCCCGACUGGAGGGGCGCCAUCUGCAGCGGCCACUACGCCCAGAUGUAUAUCCAGGCUGACCGCAGCAGCGGCCAGCGCAUGAAGAUGGUCAAGGACGAGCUGCCCCAGCACCCGCUGGUCCUGGAGGGCGCCCUGGCCCGCAGCACCCACUACCAGCAGUACCAGCCCGUGGUGGCCCUGCGCAAGGGCUACACCAUCCACUGGGACCAGCCUGCUCCUGCAGAGCUAGCCAUCUGGCUCAUCAACUUCAACAGGGGUGACUGGGUGCGCGUGGGGCUCUGCUACCCACGGGGCACCAGCUUCUCCAUCUUGGCGGAUGUGCACGACCGGCGGCGGAAGCGGACAUCCAAGACGGGCACCUUCGAGAGGACUCGGCAUCUGGAGCAGCUGGGCCAGGGUCCCCCUGGCCGUGGCCUCUACUUCUGGGACGAGGACUCGGGGCUGCUCUUCCUGAGGCUGGAGGCCCAGCACUCGAGGGAGCCUUUCGCCUUCUGCUCCGUGGAGGGCUGUGAACGCAUCCGGGUACGGGCCCUGCUGCCCCCGGGGGCACCCCCCAGCGACUGCACCGCCCGUGCCUACCCCCGAUAUACCCAGACCCCCGUGGAGGAUGUGCCCAUGCCCAGCAAGCUGGCUGGCACCCAGCUGAAGGGCCCAGGUCGCUUCCUGGAGGUGAAGAUGGAGAGCUCUGUCCAGCGCUUCUCACACCUGUCUAGUGCAGCCGCCUACAUCCAGGUGGAUGGCCGGCGGUUCCCGGGUGUGGAGGACGGUGUCCAGCUGGUGGUGGUGGACGGGGCUCGUGGCCACGUGCUCGGCCGCGCCAGCUUCCGCAACGUGGUUCUGCAGGGAGCCCCCUGGCAGCUUGCAAACUAUGUGGGCGCCCUCCCCGAUGGCUCCAUAGUUCUCGUGGCUUCCAGGGGCCGGUGCGUGUCCAGGGGCCCAUGGGCCCGGGUGCUGGAGCAGCUGGGGGCUGACAGGGGCUUCAGGAUGAAAGCUGGCCUUCGUGGGCUUCAAGGGUGGCUUCCGGCCAGCCUGGGUGUCGCUGCGCACGGCGGAGCUGGCGGCCAAGAUCUUCCAGGUGGUGCCGGUGCCCGUGCUGAGGAAAUGGCCACUGUGAGCAGCCGGACAGUCUGCACUGCCCCAGCUGCGGCCCUGGGACCACGGCAGCAGGCAGGGACCCCACGGGGGACCAGUGCCUCCAGAGACUGGGGGGCAGAGCUGCAUGGGGAGUGGCGCUCCCAAAGUCAGACCCCCAGGCUGCAGGGUAGACCUGUCUCAGAGGCCCUGAGGGGGCUUGAGAUGGACACAGUGCUCAGGAGGCCAUGAGGAGACCAGAUGUCGGGGUCUGUCCCCCACACAGCCAGACACUACCCCCCACACACAGUGCCCCUCCCUCACACGGCUGCUGUCCAGGGCCCUUGUCCUCCUCCUAUUCCUUCUCUUCCUCUCCCUCCUCUUUCCCCUGCCCUGGGCCCCUCCUGAGGUGUGGUGAGGGCAGCUCCCUGACAGUGGCCCUGUAACACAGGAGGAGCAGGGCUGGGCCCCAGGUGGUCAGGAGGUCACUGUCCCCCUCAGCUGCCCUGGGGCCCACGGGACCCUGCAACUGGCUGACUUGGGGCGGGGCCUCAGAGCCCCCUCAGCAGGUGCGGGCACCUGUGAGAUGAGGGGGACAAAGACGGGGUGUGAGAUGGGCGUUUCAGAAUGUCUACUAGACCCUGCCUGUGGGGUGCAGGCAGCCAGAUAGAAUCUGCCCCCACUGUGUGGAAGAGUCUGUGUGUCUCCAGGGCAGAUUAUCUAUUUAUUUAUUACACAUGAACUUGAGGAA